CCAGAACAACGAACUGCCGGUUAGGGCAACAUGACCCAGCAAAUAUUUCUGUUAUCGCAAUGGCUUCUGUUUUUGUAAAGAUGGGAAACUCGUAUGCUGGGCAACUAAAGACGACACGUUUUGAAGAGGUCCUGCACAAUUCGAUUGAAGCCUCCCUGCGGUCAAACAAUUUAGUUCCCAGGCCUGUGUUUUCCCAGUUAUAUCUCGAGGCUGAGCACCAAUUGAUCUCAAACUUAGAAGCUUGCAAACGACCAGGAACUGAGGAGGAAGAGGAGGAUGAUGGGUCAGAGUCUAGUAGCCCCCUCAUUCCAUAUCAGAUGAAGCCUCCUCCAGAGGGGUGUUGUACCACUGAUGGCUUCUGUCAGGCGGGAAAGGACUUGCGGCUUGUUUCGAUGUCGAAUGAGCAGAUUGAAGUGCCAUCCGGAUUCCUCCUCAUUGGUGCCAAGUCUCCCAAUCUUCCUGAACACCUUCUAGUCUGUGCUGUGGAUAAGCGGUUUUUACCAGAUGAUAAUGGCCGAAAUGCUCUACUGGGUUUCUCUGGCAAUUGUGUUGGUUGCGGAGAAAAGGGAUUUCGCUAUUUCACGGAGUUUUCUAAUCACAUCAACCUGAAACUGAUCACCCAGCCAAAGAAACAAAAGCACCUGAAGUGUUACCUGAUUAAAAAUGCACAAGGCAAUCUAACUAAAGGACCUUUAAUCUGUUGGAAGGGCACAGAAGGCAGGACCCAGCAGUCAUCCUCGAGUUCCACUUCGAGCAUUCUCUCACAACCCCCGGAGAGUCCUGCCUUAUCGACGACAGUAGCAUCAGCAGACUACGUUGCUGGGAAUAAUCAGAAUGCAUUAACUGGAUUACUACAAGCAGGUCCUCCAACAGAUCAGGCUGUUUCACGAGCUGUUAUAGGGGCUUCUGCAAGUCAAAACAACAGAGAAUCAGCCAGGCAUCACAGCACAGUGAAGACCAACACCAUAUCAUUUCAGAAUAUGGCGAGGCCCUCAGUGAUAGGCAAUUUAGCUAAUUCAGGGCCUCCCAAGAAACGGCAUAGGGGCUGGUCACCAGACUCCUCUUCAGCAAUAGAAACACUCUCCAUUCAGAGCAAUCCAACGGCUCAAACUUUAGGAAGCAAAGCUGUUGCAGACAUUGCGGAAUUAGCUUGCAUGACUCAAUCCAGCCUUUUAGGAUCCAUUUCUUCUCCACUCCCUACCUCAGAAGAACCUGUCGUUGUACCUGACAAUUUACUUAAAAUCUGCAGGACCAGACCUGUCAUUUUUAAAGGCCAUGGAAACCUUCCUUACCUCUGUGGUAAUUUGAAUGAUAUAGUAGUCAGUCCAAUGCUACAGAACUGCUAUCGAAACACUCAAACUUUCCCUCGAGCGUAUGAACAACAUAGUACAUCUGUAACUACAGUAUUGUCCGUAGAGAUGCAAAUCCUACUGACAGUUUACUACCUAGCUCAACUUGCCCCAGAUCAGGUUCCUUUGAUUGAGGACUUGGAACACAUAUUGGUGAGAGCAUGGCAGGAAUCGAAUCUUACUGAAACCAAACAAUACCAACAAGCUGUUUCUCAUUCAGUGCCGUACGUGUCCUCAUCAAUGUUGGCAGUCACCCCAAAGCAACUCACUUGGUUGGCCAAGUUAGCAGCUAGCUCCUGCAAGAAUGUCGUCAGGAUCCUGGAUUCAGCAAGUUCAUUGGUGGAAGGUCUCACAGAAACAUUUAAGCUCCUCAGUGAGGGAAAAUUGUUGGGGAAGAAUUUUGUGGUGAUUAUUUGCAUUACUAAGAACCAAAGCACUGAAUCGUGUGUGGUGGUAACAGGAAAGCGACAAGCUGGAUUUCUAGCAGAGAGAAUGCUUAGUCCCAAAGAUCAUCUGAAAGAAAUCAACUAUGAGCUUGUCACUGGAAAAGUUGGAGCUCUAGGAGCGUUUUUCAGCAGCCUUUGUCCGGAAGGAGAUAUCGACACACUCUUAGAAAAGUGUAGUCUGGCAAAGAAUGGCCAAGGCUCUUCUCUCACUACUUCCUUCAAGAAAUUCGAUGACAGUACAGCCCAGAGACCAGCCAUUUGUUCAGUUUCUAACAAAGGAACAUGCCAGAUUCAUCCCGUUCAGCUUGCAGUGGCUCGCAAGUUACUGUCUCACGUCUGCGCAAUUGCUGAUUCCAGCACGCAAAAUCUGGAUUUGGGCUCCUUUGAGAAAGUGGACUUCCUUAUUUUGGUGCCUCCAUCGGAGGUUGCCUACCAGCAGACUAUGUUGCGCGUCAAGCAGUCAGGGAUCUUGGUAGAACUUGGGUUGGAAACAGAGUGUACAGCAAAUCAAUGCGCAGAGCAGUAUGUCAUGAAGCUCACUGCAGAAGCUCAGGGGAAGUUUGAAGGCUUCCAGCAAAGAGCAUUAAAAAGUCCUUACACACUCUUCAUACUGAUCCAUGACCACGCACACUGGGAUUUGACCAGUGGGGGAAUGUUUUCACAAAGUGAACCGUUUCUGGGCCUGGCUGAUAGAAUCGUGAACUGCAAAGAAAUUAAAGAAGCACUGAACGUGUUGACAGUCCAAGUUACAUCUUUCCCCUACGCCCUUCAAACACAGCAGACCUACAUCAGCCCCUAUAAUGAGAUCCAUUGGCCAUCAUCCUGCAACAGUGAAGUGAACUUGUACCAUGAAAACAAUAAGUACUUCGGACUCUCAGACUUCAUUGAUUCCACCUACUCAGGACACAAACUUCCAUUGUUGAGAUAUGACAGUUCUUUUGAAGCAAUGGUUACUGCAGUGGAGGAAAGGUUUCCCAAGAUGCACAGUGCUGUGAUCUGGACGUACAUCUUAAUUCAGCAUUACUCAGCAGCCUUGAUGGUAACUGCAGGGCACUCACAGAUGAAGAACUAUUCUUCUGUGGAAACUCUAGAAAUAGUUCAGAGUCUUACAAACUCUACAAGAAACUGUCCAAACAACCACGGCCACAUGGUUUUGCUCAGGAUUCCCUCCAUUUCGCUUGCUGCACUGGCAUAUGAGCGAUUGUGUCAGGUUAGACACCGCCUGGGUCUGCAGCACAGAUUUGAAAUCAUCCUUGGGACUCCAAACACGAAAAUAAACAUUAGCCAGCACUUUCUGACACAACUGAAGAUUUGGCAAAAGAUAGAGGAUCCUGAUUGGAAGCCUGAAACCUACUUGGAUCUGGAAGACCUACCGUGCAUACUGAUCUUAUCUGGUGCUGAUCCUUAUGGAGAAUCCUUUCCACGGUCUGCAAAGUACUAUGAUUUACGUUUAAUAAACUCAACUUGUCUUUUGCGUACUGCUUUGGAACAAGAACUGGGGCUGGCAGCUUGCUAUGUCGUUCCUGAAACCUCUGGGCAGACAACGAUAGUGAAUGAUCUCUCCGAGAGUGACCUGGAUAAACCAGGCAGUACUGACGAUGACGAGGAUAGUGUUGCAAUUGAAGUGACAACAGUUGCAGACUCAGGAAAGAACAGUAAUAAUAAGAGACAGCGUUCCUAUUCUAAUCAGUCAGCUUCAUCUAGAUCAUCAAAAACAUCAAGCUUCCUUUGCGACAGUGAUCCUUUCUCACCCUCUGGAGCUGAAGAUUCUGCAAGACAUCCACUGAAUGCUGAACCUGUUAAUAUUGAGGAUGGUGGUGGGACCAAAGAGAAACCUAAGCUGAGAUCAGACAGCGUACAACAGAAGCCUAAUCAUGAGGCUCAGUAUUCAGAAAAGCAUAGAAUAAACUUGGAUCAAAACGACAACAACAAAAGCUCACAAAGAAUCUCUAAAACCUUUUCCGUCUCUUCGUCUAUUCAGACCCCCAUUCUGGGACAGAUGUCACCCCAGUGCCCAAGGACAAAGGCAGCAAGUCAACCACCAACUGUGUUCCUCCCAAAACUGAUCUAUGAGAUUGUUACCAAAGUGGACAGUUCUGGAGUGGCUAAGUUAUCAUCCUUUCUCCCACACCAUUCAGUUAAUUGGGUGACCUCCUUUCAUCCUUCAUUGGCCAAGAUGAUGACCUCCACAGAGCAAUCCCUGUACUAUCGCCAGUGGACAGUGGCUAAACAAAACCAUAUGGAUUUCAACAAAGCACAGAAUAGGACUGAGAUAUUUCAUCCGCGUAGACUUCUGCUGAAUGGUCCACCACAGGUGGGGAAGACAGGAGCCUAUCUGCAGUUCCUUAGUAUUUUAUCGAGAAUGUUGAUUCGACUGAUGGAGGUAGAUGUUUAUGAUGAAGAAGAAAUUAACCUCAAACCCAAAGAAGGUUUUUCCCUGCAACAGAAAGAGAGCUUGCCAUGGCCUGAUUUGGAGAGUUUCAGUAAAUUGUCAUUUGAUUACACUGUUCAUGAUCCAAAGUAUGAAGAUGCAAGUCCAGUUUACUCAAGGGAUCUUGUAAAUAACAAAGGAUAUAAAGCUAAUAAGAAAGAGGACGACAUCUAUCUGCGACGCCAAACAACACGUAUGAGGCUGUCCAAGUAUGCUGCCUAUAACACCUACCAUCACUGCGAGCAGUGUCAUGAAUACAUGGGUUUCAAUCCCAGAUGCCAGCCGUAUGAUGCCACACUCCACGCCUUCACCUUUUCCUGCUCCAUGCUGGGGGAGGAGGUCCAGCUCCAUUUUAUUAUUCCCAAAUCAAAGGAACAGAAUUUUAUUUUCAGUCAACCUGGAAGGCAGUUGGAAAGUAUGCGGUUACCACUUCUUACUGACAAGAAUCCAGACUGUGUAAAGAGUCCAGUCUUUACACCUACAACUGGGCGUCAUGAGCACGGUCUCUUCAAUCUGUACCAUGCUAUGGAUGGUGCCAACCACUUGCAUGUGCUGGUGAUCAAGGAAUAUGAGAUGGCAGUCUAUAAGAAAUAUUGGCCAAACCACAUCAUGCUUGUCCUUCCCAGCAUCUUCAACAACUCCGGAGUUGGUGCAGCUCAUUUUUUGAUCAAAGAGCUGUCCUAUCAUAAUUUGGAACUGGAACGUAAUCGCCAGGAAGAGCUUGGAUCGAAACCCCAGGAUGUGUGGCCAUUCAUUGUCAUUGCUGAUGACUCCUGUGUGAUGUGGAACUGUCUUAAUACUGACGUUUCUAAGAACGCUACCAGUGCAUCUGCUGAAUCAAAUACCUUAGAGAGGAAUGUUUCUUUGAAGCAUGUACUUCAGCAUAUUGAGGCAACUGCUGAAAUUCCACACUAUGCCCUAUGUGGGGUCCGGAAGUGGUCUAGUAAAAUAACCAACCUGCACUUUGUCGAACCUUUCUCCCGCUGCCAUCUGCAUGAUUUCUUGCUGCUAAAUGUAGACUUGACUCAAAAUGUUCAGUACAAUCAGAACAGAUUUACUUGUGACGAUGUGGAUUUCAAUCUCCGGGUUCACAGUGCUGGUCUUCUUAUCUGUCGUUUCAAUAACUUCAGUGUUAUGAAGAAACAAAUUGCCAUUGGGGGGCACAGAACAUUCCAUAUCAAGUCAAAGGUAACAGAAAACAUGACAAGAUAUGUUCCUGAUGCACCAAUGUCCAUUUCCCCAUCUCAGUAUAUCUGUGCUCCAGACAGCAAGCACACAUUUUUAGCUGCACCAGCCCAAUUACUGCUUGAAAAGUAUCUGCAGCACACAAGUAACCAUCUUUUCCCAUUGUCUGUAAGGAACUACAGUCAUCCAGUGCUCUCAGUAGACUGUUAUCUCAACCUAGGUCCGGAGAUUACAGUUUGCUUUGUGAGUUCACGUCCUCAUUCUUUAAAUAUAAACACCUCUGGCCUUACUUUCAGCGGGCUCCUGCUGUAUCUCUGUGACUCAUUUGUCACAGCGAAUAUUUUGAAAAAAUUUCACUUUCUAAAAGGUGCCACACUCUGUGUAAUUUGUCAAGAUCGUAGCUCUCUUCGUCAGACUGUUGUAAGAUUAGAGCUGGAAGAUGAGUGGCAGUUCCGACUGCGAGAUGAAUUCCAGACAGCUAACUCCCAAGACGACAAGCCACUCUUUUUUCUGACUGGGCGACACGUCUGAGACACAAACGUUUCCCAGUAACACACAGACUGCAAAACCGAGCACUCCAUAAG